AUGCCAAAGGAAGUCAUGCAGACUCGUCGGGGAAGAGGUGUUCUCAUUGAGCCACUUGAGCCUGACGAUUCAGAUGAAGGGCGACCACUAAAGAGGAAGCUGCACAGUAAAUGUCAGUUGCGAUUUGUGAAUAAGGUGUGUGAGACAUAUUACACAUGGGAUCAAAUAAAAGCAGAUGAGGGUGACCUUCUCAAAGUUGCUUUGUUCGAUGAGAACAACACGAAGAUCACAUCUGGUCCCCUGUCUUCAGCUUCUGUUGAGGUCGUAGCUCUCCAUGGUGACUUCAAUUGUGAUGGUCAGGAUUACUGGACUUCAGAGGAGUUCGAUCGCUCUGUUGUGUCUCCGCCACCAGGAGAAGAAGCAUCAUCGUCAGUCCUAGGCGGUGAUCGCAUCUUAGUUCUUGUUGGGGGAGAGGCAUGUCUCGGUGAUGCCUUUUUCCAGACAACGUCCUUUUGUGCCAGAACUGGAAAAUUUAAGAUGGGUGUAAUGCUGGCCAGCGCCCAAGAUGAGAGAGUUCAUGAAGGCAUAUCAGAACCAUUACGGGUGAUGGAUAACCGUGUCAAAGGAUUUAAUCCAGCUGCAGCAACACUACAGUUUCCAAGAAACACUGUCACAGAAGCCAUUCAACAACAGGCUUCGAAAAUUUCUCAUCUAAAGGCCAGAAGUGCCCCAUGUAUGAGUAUCCUACCUGCUGCACAACACACGGCAGCCAUGGCCGGGUUAGGCGUCCUCGAAGCAAGGACGACGACCGCGCAGCAAAAGCAACAGCAGCUGCGACCCACAGAAGUACCAGCAAGCAGAACACCGUCUCCAGUAGUGAUAAGACGAGCGUGCAUGAGUCAUAAGCUGGCACUUGCUCCCAUGUUGGUUCCGAGUCUCCCGAGCUGGUCGUUCCUGCAGCGUUGCUUCCUCUGCCAGAGGGAGCUCACCGAGGGCAUGGACAUCUACAUAUACAGAGGCGACAGGGCGUUCUGCAGCAAGAGCUGCCGGUGCCGGCAUAUGACGGAGGACGAUAGCUCCGCCAUUGACAGCGGCCGGGUGACGGCGCCAGACCGCUUCCACCGCCCUGGCAGCUGCUACAAGGCCACCCCCAGCGUUUACUUUUUCUUGGAAUGCAGGCAGUUAAUGCAAUGUGAAUGUUUGGCACUUGAGAGACCUUGUCAUUGA